GGGUUUAUGCAUCUCUUCUCUUCAUACAGAUCGAAGAAAAAUUACAGAGAUGAGAGGUAUGGAGAUGUCAUUGAAUCAAACGCAAAAAUUGAGGCUGCAAAGAGCACUUGAACUUUUGGAAACUCUCUCAUCGGGAAUUAAUUCUAAUUCUUCUGUCACCGUUGCCGAUACCAUUCCCGUUAACCAAGAAGAUGGCGUCCUCAAAGGCCAUGGGACGACAGAGCUUGAGGGUGAAGUUGUGGCAACUGUGUGUGGAGUAAUCGAGCGUGUAAAUAAACUGGUUUAUGUUCGCACUUUAAGAGCCAGGUAUAAGCCUGAGGUUGGUGAUAUCAUAGUAGGCCGCGUUAUUGAGGUUGCUCCAAAGCGGUGGAGGUUGGAGAUUAAUUUUAGCCAAGAUGCAGUGUUGAUGCUUUCUUCAAUGAAUUUGCCUGAUGGCAUCCAGAGGCGGCGAACUGCAGUGGAUGAGCUCAAUAUGCGUAGCAUUUUUGAAGAUGAUGAUGUCAUCUGUGCUGAAGUCCGUGAUUUCAUGCGUGAUGGGAGUCUGCAACUGCAAGCAAGGAGUCAGAAGUAUGGAAAGCUAGAAAGGGGUCAAAUGCUCACAAUAUCUCCGUAUCUAAUAAAGAGGCGCAAACAACAUUUCCACCACCUAGAUCAAUACGGAAUCGACUUAAUCCUUGGCUGUAACGGAUUCAUCUGGGUCGGCGAGCACGUUGAAACCAAAGAUAACAUGAUAGAAGAAGAACCCAUUAAACCUGACCCACAAAACAACAAAUCCAAAACCUCAAUGAGCCUUGAAGAAGAAGAACAAACUUACACCCCACUCGAAACCCGACAAAACAUAUGCAGGAUUGCAAAUGCUAUUCGGGUUUUGUCUACAUUGGGAUUUAGUAUUACCAUAGAUGUGAUUCUGGAUGUUGUUGAUCUGAGUAUAUCUAAGGGUCUCGACAUCCAUGAGAUGCUUGGUGCCGAAUUUUCUGUUUUGGUUGCUGAACGGGAAGCUGAACGAAGAAACUCGUCGACCCGAAGGAAACGGUGAAUUCGAGUUUUGGUUGGAUCAGAGAUGUAUUUGUAGUUGGCCAGAAAAGUAAAAAUAGUUUGUAGUCAUGAUAGAAAGGGAUUUUGUAUUAGAAGUGAGGGAUUUGUUGUGUUAUAACUUCAAUUUUAAUUGGUUUCAUGGUUUGGUUUAGUAA